AUGGACCAACCUGCCAUGAGCGCUUGGGACCACCUGCCUGAGUACAUGUCGCCGUCAACCAAUCCUUUAAGCGCCAACCCCUUUCAGACUGUCGAGUCCGCCAGCACGAUCCGCUGUCCUCUCAAACUCAGCAGGAAUGCUGACACCACCCGCACCAGGAAGCUCACGGCAGACGCUGCCGUCCGCAUCUUCAAAGAGCGAGUAUCGCUCGAGGCCAAGAGUAAGUUCGCAGAAAGCGAGGUAGUAGGGAAAUGUUAUGGGGUGAGCCCAAAGACCGUGCGAGACAUCUGGGACAGAAAGUCAUGGGCACGACACACGGAGUCGUUGGUUGCCAAGCAUGAGCAAGUGCCAGCAAGGCAAGAGGUCAGGGACGACACGCAGGUCCAAGGAGUGGCGUGCGACGGCCCGGGAGCGAGCAGCUCGAAUCACAACAUGGAGGAUGCGAUGGUUGGGGCGCCCAGCCCUGAGACAACAGCAUCGCCCAUGCCAGGUAUGCAUGGAGCUCAAGGUCACUGCAAGAGGCUGCAAGGAACAAGCCCCACGAGGAGAGGAGCGCUUCGACAUCUCGAGGAGAAGGCGCGUCAAAGGGCAUCAUCUGUCAACGCUGUGUACGUGUACACGGUGUAUGUGUAUGUGGUCCCGGUACGUCAACGUAGGUUUGCGAACUGA